AUGGCUCCGGCGGCCGGCGCCCCCGUCGUCGCGCUGGGCGACGACCUCCUCCGCGAGGUCUUCAUCCGCCUUCCGGCCUCCGUCGACCUCCUCCGCGCAGCCGCCGCCUGCAAGCCCUUCCUCCGCGCUGCCCGCAGCGCGCCCUUCCUCCGCCGCUUCCGCCGCCGCCACCCCUCUUCCUGCCCGCGCCUCCUCGGCUGCCUCAUCCUCUUCUCCAACCGCCGCGGCGGCAAAUCCCACUUCGUACCCAUCUCUGCUUCCUCCUUGUCAUCGUCGUCUGCGGCAGCGGCCGCCGACGGUGGCGACUUCGCCCUCUCCUUCCUUCCCGGCGGCGGUUGUCUGGGCCAGGGCGCAGACACGUGGAAGCACCUGGACUGUCGCAACGGCCGCCUUCUCCUGGAGAACCUGGGGUCCCAUGAACUCGCCAUCGCGGAUCCGAUCUCGCGCCGCUGCGUCUCCCUCCCCGCGCCUCCCGCCGGGCGCGCCGUCGGGUACGGCCUCUUCGCCGACGACGGCGAUUCGUCGGAGUUCCGGGUGGUUUGCGUUUCGCGGGACGCCGCCUCGCCCGAGCUGCGUGCGCUGGUCCUGGCCUCCGGCGAGCUCUCCUGGACCGACGUCGCCGGCAUCGCGUGCCAGCCCGAUCUAGCCGCCGGCUCCCGGGUGAUGCAGGCGAACCGGUCGCUGUACUGGAGGCUCGAGGGCGGGGAGCGCAUGGUGGCGUUCAGCACGGCGUCCAUGGAGCUCUCGGUUUUGGACCUCCCGCCUGGCCUUUGGGAGCUCCCCUUCGUCGCCGUCGACAGGGGUGAAGAGGAGGAUGUCAAUGUCCUCCACCUGCUCACCAUGAGCGGCUUCCGCGUCGAGGUGUGGGCAGGCACGGCGGAUGGUGGGGGUGGGAUGGCAUGGAGGCGGGUGGAGAAAUCGAUGAGGUUCCACAAGGUACUGACGGUGGUGACCAAUCCUUUAUUCCAGUCAUACCGCCGGAAUGAGGUUGAUGUCAUCGGGGUGGCCGCUGGCCUUGUGUUCUUUCGGCAGUGGAAUCAUCUCUUCUCCAUUUAUCUUGAAACUAUGAAGCUGAAGCAGUUGCCAAACGUGGAGCCCAUGGGGGUGCUGACCUAUCCUUACACAAUCGCGUGGCCACCCUCUUUCUUGAAUCCUGCUGGACAAGGCGGUUGA